UUUAAAAUAAUUGUAUUCCGCAAGUGAACUACCGUAGUGCUCGGAGACAGGAAAAAUUGUAUAAAAAUAGAAUGAGUAUGGGCUCCAGAGAAGCUACGAAACAAGACCUCCAUUUUCUCGGAAAAAUUUCAGAGAGCGCGAGAAAAUUAAAAGAAAAAGAAAAGGGGCAACGGCUAUAGACAGAACCGGGUCGACCCGAAUAUGAGUACUUGAGUAAGCAGGCGAGGCGAGGCGAGGCGAGGCGAGAUAUGAUCCUCCGAGUCAUGGUUUACCUCGUUGACCACGUGUCGAGAAAUAAGUCAUUGGGAUUUAAAAGUUGACUUUUACUUUACAUUGCCUCCAAUCAAGUUUUUACAUGUCAGCAACCAUUGAGCCCCCAUAUUUACAUCCUGAACCCUUGCGCUGCGCCUCUCUCUCUCUCUACCUUCGAAACCUAAGCAACGCCUUCUCAUGUUCUUCACGAUCAUCUAAACCAGGAUCGGUCGCAAUUUUCAUGGAGUUUGGGGUCGAUGGAGAUGUCAAUGGAGAGGUUUUGCGAAAUUCUGUCGAGGUUGAGAAUAGUAGGGGAGGGGAUGAAAAUGAAACUGGUGGGAGUUCUGUUGAAGGGGCAUUCCAACAUGAUCAGGAUGAAAAGAUGAACCAAGAUUCUCCUGAUGGGGAUAUGAUUCCAGUAGGAGUUCCUACUACAUCAUUGGUUCCAGCCGAUGAGCCUUUUGUGGGGCAGGAGUUUGAUUCUGAAGCAGCUGCACAUGCAUUUUACAAUGCAUAUGCCACACGUAUUGGUUUUAUCAUCCGUGUGAGUAAACUUUCUAGGUCAAGGCGAGAUGGAACUGCAAUUGGCCGUGCACUUGUUUGUAACAAAGAGGGGUACAGAAUGCCUGACAAGCGUGAAAAGAUUGUUAGGCAAAGGGCAGAGACAAGGGUUGGCUGCAGGGCAAUGAUUUUGGUGAGGAAAGUAACUUCUGGAAAGUGGGUUGUCACGAAAUUUGUGAAGGAGCAUACUCAUCCUUUGACACCUGGAAAAGGCCGAAGAGAUUGCAUUUAUGAUCAAUAUCCGGGAAACACUAUGGAAAUGUUGGCAGGCAUGUAUUGGAAGCAUGGAAAUGUUGGCAGGCAUGUAUUGGAAGCAUGCUGCUUACAUAAAAUUUACUUGACUCAGGCUUAGAUAUGGAGAUCAAUAUACAGUGUAAAACCCAAGUUCCUGUUUGUGCGGUUUGAUCAUUAGCAGCUACUACAUCCCCUAAUCUGUUCAUUGAGGUUCCAAUGUGGCCACUCAUGGUCUUUCUUUCUUUUCUUUUUUUCAUUAUGUCUUUCUUUUGAGAAAGGAAUAGAAUUUGUUUAUGGAAAAAAGUGGAGGAUGAAUCACCUUUGCCUGAUUUGUUUUAAUGAUUGUAAUCACAUUAUCUCAUGAUACAUACCAAUCAUUUUCAAACCAAAGAACAAGAUAGACUUACUCAAGAUCCUAUUUCCCCCAAAACUUUCUCUAAUCAAUUGGGUCAGUUCUUUUUGUGAUUCCACAGUGUCAAUUUGGAUUCUAUUGUUCACUGUAAUUUAAAUGACGUGGAGAGAUUUCUGAUGGGCUUUGUUGUUAUACAUGAGGAUUUUAUUUUUGUAAGAGAUUGUUGUCUCGAGUUUGAUUUUUUUUAGUUUUUUAUUUAUUUUGAAAUUGGUUGGUGAUCUUUUUUGCUCGGUUUUCAAACACUGUUGAUUUAUACGAGAUUGAACUCCUCCAAAUGUUCCAAGUUUUUGUCAUCCACAUGGUGUGUUUUAUACAAAUCAAGUGGUAAAUAUAUAUGUUUGGACUACAAGUGUUAGCGUCAAUGUGCCUAAGAAUUUGUGGUAUAGGUUGUCAAAUUAAGUUGGGAUUGAGUUUUCUCUCAAGGAUGAAAGUUAUUUUGUUCGGAAAGCUGUAAAAAGCUGGAACUUUGAGGAACUGUUUUAUCGUAGCAAGCACUACUUUUAAUGGGCUAUGGUGCAAAAGGUGACAUGUUAUAAGCCAAGUUUUAAGAUAUUAAUUAUUGAUGGGAUACAGUGAAAUUAUGACUUUUAUGUAGGUAUUCAAGGCAAAUGGAAUUUAUAGUGGGUUUAGAAGCCUUUUAUAGAGAUAGGAUUUGCAUUUCAUUGUGGAGUUGUUGUAGAAAUAAUCUGAAAUAUUUGUUAGUGUUUUAUAGUUCAUUAGUUAGUGUUUUACACCUAAGAUGUAAUUAAUGUGUAAAUUAGUUUAUACCUAGAAUAUACCUUUGUAGUCAGCCUAUAUUAGAAGCUAAAAAAAUUGGGAAUUUUUUCUCAGCCCUUUCUUAAAAAUUAGGAUUUGGUACUCUUGAGGUUCAAUCUUAGAAAACUAUUUUGGAGUGGUUUUCUACUCUCACCUCCGACACAGGGAAUUUGCCCAACCUCCGCGAAACCCCAAAAUUCGGUGCCCAUCAGAGCUGCACGUGAGCCCCAGCGCCACGUUCAACCGCUGCCAUCUCUGCCACGCACCGACGCGUGCAGCCUUCAACGACCAUUUUUUCGGCAUCCUCUUCCUCGACUUCCUUCAUUUGUGGCUCUUCGCCUCACCUUGGUGUGUUGUUGCCUUUGCUGUCAUUUUUUGGUUUAUUCUUUUUUUUUUUUCAUUCUGAUCAUUGAAAAUCGACCAUGGUCACUUCUCCAACUAAUCUCAACACCACUUGUGAGUCCACCAUCUCUGAAAUUUCAAAAGUCUCCACUAAGGUUGUUUCCCAUCACUUUGAACAACCUAAUCUUCACCAUUCAACUGCUGAAAAUAAUUUUAAAGGGUACGCUAUGAUGGGUGCUCAGCGUGACACCUUCUCUUUCACCACAGAUCAGAUUGCUCAACUCCAUAGGUUGCUUAAGUCGACUUUCACACCAGAUUUGAACUCUGCGGGAUUUUUCACCACUCCAAACACUUUUGCUGCAUUUACUGCUCAAACUUCGCCAUGGAUCAUCAACUCCGGUGCAUCUGACUAUAUGACUGGUCAAUCUCAACAAUUCAU